CACAAGUGCUUCACCCUGCUUACCACAGCAGUGCAGGCUGCUGGGGUGGGAGUGCAGCAUUUCUUCCUUCUUCCCCUCCCCUCUAUUUUGUCAACCUCUGUUUAAUAUGCAUACUUCUCCCUUGGCUGUUCCCCAAACUCAAAGGAGUGCACUGAUUUCCUCAAAGAAGGGCUUGUCUAAACGAUGGUGUUCUGGCUGCUUUAAUGAGCAUUGUUCAAGUGCUAGAUCCCCCUAAGCCUUGUGGAGUUAUGUUAGUACAAAUAUUGCUGUUUGGGAAUAUCUGCUUUAAAGCACCUCUCUAGGGCAGGUGUCCAUGGUAGCAUGGAAUAAAAGAGUGGUUUAAGCUUGCAAUGGAUGUGGGCUGUGUUAGACUUUUUAAAAAGCAAACCUGUUUGUGAUGGUUUUAUAGAAGCUUAAAUACUUGGGGAAAAAGUUGAUGGUAGGACAGUUGACGUUAAAACAUACAUCAAGCUACUUAAUUAUUUCCUGAUGAGUUUCUUGUCGCAAUGGGCUGAAAGUGGCCAGGGUGUUUAGUGAUGUCUUGCUGCUGCAGAAUGACUUGAUCCUUUUCCUGGCACAUCUCUUUGCCUGAAGUGUGCAGUGUUGGCAUUACUCCUGUGCAGUGUGAUCAUUAUAAGCUAUAUUUACCUGCUAAGAUAUUAGGACUCGACAACACCAGAGCACCUCUCCUAGAGUAAUUAUGCUGACAGAGCCUCCAAGCACUAUAGCAACCAUUACUUCAACCUACUUCACACAGCCUCUGCGUCUGAGGAAGCUGUGGUAAAGCAAGGCAUCCAUAACUAUGUCUGCAGCUGAGUUUCUGCAAACACAGGUGUCUCGGUCCUGUGGUGUUUUCUUUCACACCCUUUGCUGAGCCUGUGCUGUUCGGAGCAGCCUGGGGAUCUCCUCGCUCCAGCUGCAGGGUGUGUGUUACCCUCUGCUGUGCUGAAAAAGUUGCAGGUUUUCAUGCUGAAGCCCACACUGGAUUAGCUGGAUCACCACCACCAGGCUAUGGAUUCUGAAUCAAAGAACAGUUACAUAGGAAGCUUUCUUCAUCCACCAGAUCAGAUGUUUCCUGCAGCCUUUGCUUAUAAAGAAUCAAAGAAGUUGGCAGCUGUUGCUGGUGACAGGCCUUCUAUCCCAAAUAACCAGGCUGUAGUAGCAGCCCUGAAAACUCUUCAAGAAAAGAUCCACCGUCUAGAGCUGGAGAAGUCACAGGCUGAAGCUGAUCUGUGCAGCCUCUCCAGAGCAGCUGCUCAGUAUAAGAAGGCCUUAGAACAUGAAUCCUGCGAGAAGGACACAGCACAUCAAGAACUGAUGCAACAGAGGAAAGAUGCAAGUGAGCAGUUAAAUGCAGCACAGUCCCGCUGCUCCCUGCUGGAGAAACAGCUGGAUUACAUGAAGAAAAUGGUUUCCAGUGUGGAACUGGAAAAGAAAAUUAUUUUAGAACAACAGGCCCAGCUGCGGAAAGAGGAGGAUCAGAACUGGCUGGAACUGCAUGCAAAACUUGAAAAGCUUGAAAUACUAGAAAAAGAGUGUCUUCAACUUACUGCUACUCAGAGAAUUGCCGAAGACAAGAUCAAACACUUAGAAGAAAAGAUUUGUAAGGAAGACCAUCAGCGGAAGCUAAUACAAGAUAAAAGUUCUCAGCUUCAAACAGGAUUUCAUAUAAACAGAAUUUUGAUGUCUUCAGCAACAUCUCAAUGUGAACCUGAAAAUGAAAAUGGGAAGAAGAAAAAACCUAAGAAGACAAAUCCUACAAUGAAGAAAAUGCACCUUUCACAAUUACAUGUAAAGGCUGGUGAACUACCUUUUGUGGCUGGGAAGUCCGUCGGCUCCAGCCAUUCUGUCAGUGCAAACAUACAAAGUGUGUUGCAUAUUAUGAAGCAUCGCAAUCCAUGUAUCUCAUCACAAAGAAAAAGAGGAGCUACGUCUGGGACUUGCAGACACAGUGCCCUUUCAAAGUAUGUAUCAUCGUGUUCCACGUCACCUACUGCCGCCAGAAGUCUUUCAGACCUUCUGUUGGCCACACAAGAUGAGCUGGGCCAAAUGAGCUUUGAGCAUCAAGAACUUCUGAAGCAGAUACAGGAGACUCAAGAUUCCAGAGUUCAUGAAGGCCUGGAACAGGAGCUGGAUUGCCUUGUAAAACAAAUGGAGAUUAAAGGAGAACAAAUAUCCAAGCUGAUAAAGCAUCAAGCUACUGUGCAGAAAUUAAAGAGAAAAACUCAGAAAUUGAAGCAAAGGGCAACUCAUGUCAAACUAAAGUGUGGUGACCAAAAGGAAGCAACAGAGAUUGCAGUCACUCUAAAGGAAAGUAAGUCUAAAUCUUGUCCUGGGCAGAAAAGCAGAAGCUCUCUUCAGCUGCUAAAAACUGUGAGGAAACUUCAAUCAUCUCUGAAAAAAGAUGAUGUCCUCUGAGAAUAAUAGUUCUGAAGUUUGCUGUAUUAGUUUUUGAAGUUGUCUGACAUCUAACAAAUUUUUAAUUGCACAAAAUACCUUUUAAAAAUAAAAUAGAUACAGUAUAGAUGUAGAUAUCGAUUCUAAACUGCUUAUUCUCAAUUUGUUCACCUCAGAAUUAACUUGCAUGUAGGGUAGCUAUAACUGGAUUAUGCUUUCUUGUAAUGAAGUGUUUUAAUGGACUAAUUAAAUGCUUUUUUAUUAACUUGUCAAAUAAAAUUUUAUACCAUUUUUACCCCUAAAAUAGAGUGCAAUCUUUGGUGUCCUGUUUCUCCCUCUGCCAAGGAGAUACUUAGAGUUUGCUUUUCCAGAAUAACUAGGACUAGUUCUUCUAUGCAAUCAAAAACAAUGGGUUUCCUUUUCUCUAGUAACUGAAGAUUCAGAUCAUUGCAACUGAGGCAGAA